AUGAUAACAAAUUUGUACCCUGCUCAGAUGUUGCCGCGGACACAGAUCAAAGCGACUGCUCCUGAUCUAUUUGGUUUGACACAUGAGGAAGGACGGGGCACAGAAAUGAAGCUGGCAUCAGGUCAUACAGCAAGUCCAUCUCAGGUGACAAGAAACACCAGCACAAACGUACCCCUCACCCUCACCCUCGCCCCCACCCUCGCCCACACCCUUGCCCUCAUCCUCGCCCUCACCCUCGCCCACACCCUUGCCCUCACCCUCGCCCUCACCCUCGCCCUCACCCUCGCCCUCACCCUCGCCCUCACCCUCGCCCACACCCUCGCCCUCACCCUCGCCCUCACCCUCGCCCUCACCCUCGCCCUCACCCUCGCCCUCACCCUUGCCCUCACCCUCGCCCUCAUCCUUGCCCUCACCCUUGUCCUCACCCUCGCCCUCACCCUCGCCCUCAUCCUCGCCCUCACCCUUGUCCUCACCCUUGUCCUCACCCUCGCCCUCACCCUCGCCCUCACCCUCGCCCUCAUCCUCGCCCACACCCUCGCCCUCACCCUCGCCCUCACCCUCGCCCUCAUCCUCGCCCUCACCCUUGUCCUCACCCUCGCCCUCACCCUCGCCCUCACCCUCGCCCUCAUCCUCGCCCUCACCCUUGUCCUCACCCUCGCCCUCACCCUCGCCCUCAUCCUCGCCCACACCCUCGCCCUCACCCUCGCCCUCACCCUCGCCCUCAUCCUCGCCCUCACCCUUGUCCUCACCCUCGCCCUCACCCUCGCCCUCACCCUCGCCCUCAUCCUCGCCCACACCCUUGUCCUCACCCUCGCCCUCACCCUCGCCCUCACCCUCGCCCUCAUCCUCGCCCUCACCCUUGUCCUCAUCCUCGCCCUCAUCCUCGCCCUCAUCCUCGCCCUCACCCUUGCCCUCAUCCUCGCCCUCACCCUCGCCCUCACCCUUGUCCUCAUCCUCGCCCUCAUCCUCGCCCUCACCCUCGCCCUCAUCCUCGCCCUCACCCUUGUCCUCAUCCUCGCCCUCAUCCUCGCCCUCAUCCUCGCCCUCACCCUUGCCCUCAUCCUCGCCCUCACCCUCGCCCUCACCCUUGUCCUCAUCCUCGUCCUCAUCCUCGCCCUCAUCCUCCCCUCGCCCUCACCCUUGUCCUCACCCUCGCCCUCACCCUUGUCCUCACCCUCGCCCUCACCCUCGCCCUCAUCCUCGCCCUCACCCUCGCCCUCAUCCUCGCCCUCAUCCUCGCCCUCACCCUCGUCCUCACCCUCGCCCUCACCCUCGCCCUCACCCUCAUCCUCGCCCUCACCCUCGCCCUCAUCCUCGCCCUCAUCCUCGCCCUCACCCUCGCCCUCACCCUCGCCCUCAUCCUCGCCCACACCCUCGCCCUCACCCUCGCCCUCACCCUCGCCCUCAUCCUCGCCCUCACCCUUGUCCUCACCCUCGCCCUCACCCUCGCCCUCACCCUCGCCCUCAUCCUCGCCCACACCCUUGUCCUCACCCUCGCCCUCACCCUCGCCCUCACCCUCGCCCUCAUCCUCGCCCUCACCCUUGUCCUCAUCCUCGCCCUCAUCCUCGCCCUCAUCCUCGCCCUCACCCUUGCCCUCAUCCUCGCCCUCACCCUCGCCCUCACCCUUGUCCUCAUCCUCGCCCUCAUCCUCGCCCUCAUCCUCGCCCUCACCCUUGCCCUCAUCCUCGCCCUCACCCUCGCCCUCACCCUCGCCCUCACCCUUGUCCUCACCCUCGCCCUCACCCUUGUCCUCACCCUCGCCCUCACCCUCGCCCUCAUCCUCGCCCUCACCCUCGCCCUCAUCCUCGCCCUCACCCUUGUCCUCACCCUUGUCCUCACCCUCGCCCUCGCCCUUGUCCUCACCCUCGCCCUCACCCUCGCCCUCAUCCUCGCCCUCACCCUCGCCCUCAUCCUCGCCCUCACCCUUGUCCUCACCCUCGCCCUCACCCUCGCCCUCAUCCUCGCCCUCACCCUCGCCCUCAUCCUCGCCCUCAUCCUCGCCCUCACCCUCGCCCUCAUCCUCGCCCUCACCCUCGCCCUCACCCUCGCCCUCAUCCUCGCCCUCACCCUCGCCCUCAUCCUCGCCCACACCCUUGCCCACACCCUUGCCCACACCCUUGCCCUCAUCCUCGCCCUCACCCUUGCCCACACCCUUGCCCUCAUCCUCGCCCUCACCCUCGCCCACACCCUUGCCCUCACCCUCGCCCUCAUCCUCGCCC